AAAGUACGCGAGGGACUCUUAAUACGGUCUCUUUUUCAUGUUUAAUUUAUUUGUAACAGAAGGAUGUACAAAUAUUAACAAGGCUCUGCACGACAUUUAAUAUUUUCUACCAAAUAUAUUGUGUUCAUAUUUGUGCAAGAACGCUAAAAUGAGUGUGCAGGAUGAAAGAGUGGGAUGUAUGUAACUAGGAAUAUCAAUUAAAAACGAUUAGCAGUGAUUGAAGUUUAAGUCAUGUAGUGUACUUAAUUAUUUGCCAAAAUUUCGAUGAAUCGACAUCCUUAACCAAAUGACUUGCUUCCGCUUCGGACAGAUACUUUCAACAAUACGAGAAUGUUCCGUGAUUAUUGUUGUUGAAAUAAACAUAUAUACAUGUUUUGUGAGUGAUGUUAACACUUAGCAUUUAUAUUUAACAUCAUGGUGUACGUUUAUACUGGAUUAACAUUUAUACUUUUAAUAAAAUUAGAGCUGGGAUAUUAACACUUUUCAUUUAUUUAACAUCAUGGUGUACGUCUAUAUUGGAUUAACAUUUAUGCUUUUGCUUAAAUUAUAGCUAGGAUAUUAACACUUUUCAUUUAUUUAACAUCAUGGUGUACGUUUAUAUUGGAUUAACAUUUAUGCUUUUACUUCAAUUAGAGCUAGGAUAUACUGCUACAUGUGGCUCGCUUGAAUUUGAGCAAGAUACAGUGACGGAGGGAGGGGUUGCUACUCUCACUUACAAACCGUAUAAUAUACAUGCAGCCCGGUAUUGGUAUAGCGAGACGACUAAUCUGACUCUCCUCUAUGACAGUGGCAAAUCUAACAAUGAUAUCAAAUAUGCUGAAGCAGCACAAGGACGAACUUUCACUUUAUCAAUUAAAAGAGUAGUUCUAGCAGAUACUGGGAAUUAUAUUGUUAGAUGUGAUGAACGUGGAACUUACAGCGAUCGAGCAACACUAAAUGUCAUAGGAGAAAGUCAGACAGACUGUGGAAGUCUUACAGUUAAAGCAAAUACUUUGGCAGAGGGAGAAAUCGCUAGAUUAGAGUUUACAAUACACCCAGGCAGACAGAUAAAAUGGGAAAAGAAAAUAAACUCGACUUUUCAGCAGUUGUUCAAUGGCGGUGAUUAUUACAUGCCAAAGUAUGGGGAGAAAACAACAGUACACAACCUUUUGAUUUACAACAGUGAUUACAGUCAUAGUGGCGAAUACAGAGUGAAUUGUGAUCCCGCAGUGUCAAAUACAGUGUAUCUGAAUAUUGUUCCAACUCCCCCAACUGUUCCAGAAUUCUCAGGGAAUGAGAGCAUACCCGAGUGUAAAGAAUGUAUACUAGCAGAACUGAAUGUACCGGUAAACGUGGAAUGUUUUGUGAGGGGAGGAACAGAGCCAGUAGUACUAAACAUGUUUAAGGAUGGGAAUAUUAUCUCAAAUGUGAACAAAUCCAUUACUGGCAGCAAAAAUGGAGUUAAUAUCUACCAUGCAAGGCACAUAUUUAUUCCUAGUAAAAUGGACUUUGAUGUCGUGUUUACCUGCACUGUAAAGAAUCCAGCGCUUAGGGUCGAAUUAGUCAUGUCUGCACCAUUAUACAUAAGAGCUGAUCCAGAAACUGUCAAAAUAAAGGUUAAACAAACGACAGAAAAUGAACCAAGUGAAAUACAGUGUAUAACAAAGAAAGGAAGACCGCCCAGAAAGUCAUCGAUACUCAUCGAUAAUAAUGAAGAAGUCAAAACUGAGAAGACAAGUGAAAUUAAGACAGACCAUACAUACAGCGUAACAACAACGGUGGUCAAAAAUUUCACUCGGUUUGAUAACCAAAAGAAAGUGAUGUGUUGCAGCGUUAUCUUGAACCGUAUUUGCAGCAACACGUCAAAUGUAAAUGUCUUAUUCCCACCGAAAAUAGUUCGUGUCACAGAAAUGAUGAAGAGUAACGAAGACAAUGGUGAAACAGAGUUAAAGUUAAGAUGUUCUGUAGAAGCGUCAAAUCCACGUAGUUCUAUUGAAUGGAAAGGAGUAAAAAAGGUUACAAGAACUCUGACAAUAAAAGAAUAUACCAACCACAGUGAUACUCAUGGAUGGACAUAUUUCGCGGAUUGGGUUUUCAAUCUCACCAAAGAUGAUAACGGUCGUAGUAUGAGAUGUGAAGUUAAAAAUCCACAAUUCCCAAAUUUAGAGUUAGUGCAGUCAUACAGGCCAAAUAUUACAUAUGCUCCAAUUAUCACAGUAUCAGUAUCAGGACAAGAAAAUGGAGUUGCUUACCUUGGUGAUGACGUGUUUCUUACUUGCCACGUAGAUAGUAAUCCUCCAUCAACGCUCUCGUGGUACAAUCAAACGGCCUUAAUCAAAGGUGAGCGACCUAGGACCAUCUUGGCCCUCUUGUUUUUUGUUUUGUUUUUUGAAGAAUUGUAUGGAGCAAAGAACUUUGAUCUUCCUCUCGUGAAUAUAUCGUUUGAUCAUUCUCAGACAUACACCUGCACAGCACGUAAUAGCAUUGGUAGCACCAAAUCCAAAAACGUCACCCUGAUCGUAAAAGAUGCAUCUGAGAAACCAGUAACUAAACCAACGACAGGCCAACAAUCAGCUAGCUCCUCCGUGGCCGUAGCAGUAAUUGGUUGCGUUAUUGCGCUAGUUGUUGCAGUGAUAGCGGUUAUUGCGUUUCUCUACCGGCGAAAGAAACGACAGAACACAUCACUGGAAAGAAAGGGAACAUAUCAAAUGAAAAUAGAAGAUAGAAAACCAAGUGUUCAUCUAGUAGGCAAUGAGCCUGUCUAUAAUAACGUGGCAACGUCUAGUAAUGGAAAUGCAGUGGAGGAACAACCAGAGUAUGCGUUUGUAGUACCAAAGAAUGAGAGAGAAAACGCCAAUGCAUGUCCAGAAUCCGACAAUGAUGCUGAGAACGAAAGUCCUGAGAAUGAGAAGGGAGACAACCUUGUUUAUGCUGAACUUGAUCUCAAUCAAGAUUCAAACAAUGCAGUCAAACGUCCCCUGCUGAUAAGAGAUGAACCAACAGAAUACGUGUCUAUUGACUUCCAUAAAACAGGAACGGUGACUAUGAACGAAGACGGUGGAGAAAUUUAGGGUCUAGAAUUAUUUGGCUGGACAAAAGUUAUGACAUGCGGACAUCAUACAUGUAUUUAUCGUCUGCUAGAUAAUUUAGAUA